GAAUGAUUUACAAAAUGAAUUAUCACUAACCUUAACAACUUCUCAGCUAACUCUUCAGUCAACUCCAACUCUAAUACUUAGUGAUCUUAAAAUUCAUUACAAUUGGAUCAUACCAAAAAAUGAGUAG